CGUUCAGAGAAACAAGGAAGCGAGGGCACAGCUGGGAAGAGAGAUGACCAAGUGGAGGAAACUUUCUCCUCCCUGAUUCCAGCAUGAAACCUGCAGCGUCUACUGUUUAUUUGGUCCUCCAGGUUUGCUUUCUGGCUUUGAUCAGUUCUCGGAAUAUUUAUGGAAAACAAGUUUGGCCGAUCCCCUACAGGCGAUUUGACCGCCGUCCUGACCCUGACCCCUACUGCCAAGCAUUGUACACCUUCUGUCCCACCGGAGACCCGGAUGGCCGUAUUCCCUAUAUGAGAGACUCUGAUGUGAUUUCGGUGUUUCGACUGCAAACCCCGGUGUGGGAAUUCAAAUACGGAGAUAUUUUGGGCAAAUUUCAUAUUAUGCAUGAUGCCAUUGGGUUUGCCAGCUCAGAGACUGGAAGAAAUUACACUAUGGAAUGGUAUGAACUUUUCCAGCUUGGAAACUGCACUUUUCCCCACGAAAGAGAGGACACGGCAGCUCCUUUUUGGUGUAAUCAGGGCGCAGCCUGCUUCUUCGAGGGGAUAGAUGACCUGCAUUGGCAACAAAAUGGUACUUUGGAAAAAGUGGGAGAAAUUUCAGGUGAGCAGUUUAACGAUUUGGCACGAUGGGUUCAAGAGGACAACAAAACUGGGAUUUAUUAUGAGACAUGGACAGUGCGGUCAGACCCAGGGGCCAACUCCACAACAUGGUUUGAAUCAUAUGACUGUUCACAGUUUGUACACCGCACAUACAGGAAAAUGGCAGAGCUAGGAGCCAAGCUCUCAAGCAAAACUCAGACCAACUACACCAAAAUUUACCUGUACAGCGGCGAGCCUACCUACCUUGGGGAUGACAACACUAUCUUUGGUCAGUCCUCUAUGAAAACUCUGGCCACAGAUAUCAAAAACUUUUAUCACUCUUUUCAACCUCACCAGUCAAUGAUUCAGUUCAUGCUCAGCCUGAUGGAAGUCUAUAAAAAGGUAGUAUUGGAAAAGACCUUCUAUUUGUACUACAACUUUGAGUACUGGCACCUGCCAAUGAAGGCACCUUACAUUCAGAUUACUUAUGAGGAAGUUCCUUUGCCACACUGAGGACUGCAGUCUCCUCUUUUUUUAUACCAAUGUCAGAUGACUGUUAAGCACUUCCUCUGCUUCCUCAAAGGGAGCAGAUGUGUGCUGUGGAACAACCACUUGUUAACUGUGAAUAGCUAACUAAUCAACCACUAACUCCAGAUUACAUUUUGGUUAGAGUAACAUUUCAGUGAUAUGACCUCAUAACUACAGCCAUGUACUAAGUGUUUCUUACAGAGCCCCUCUGAUGACAUCCUGUGUAAAUACAAAUAAUGCACAGCCUUAUUAAUGCAGGGGAACAAGAUUCUAAUGCGUGGCAACAACUUAAUUAGCUUUGCUAAGCCAUGGCAAUUACUUAAUUAGCUUGUUCCUAUGCCUUAUCAAGUCGUGGCUACGUGUUAUUAAUUCAUACAGGAGGUCACCAGCAGGGCUCCGUAGUUUCUUCUGUUUUAUUGAAUUUGUAAUCACAGUCUGCACAACUAGAGUUUUAUGUAAUUUAUUGGAAUAAUACAAAAUGAGAAGCAAGUGACAGUUUGAAACGACAAGCUGCUGCUCACAUGAGUUUUUAUUUUUUUCCCCAAAACAGUAUCUGUGUGUUCAUUUUGGAAAAAAAACCACUAGUGUCAGUUCAAAACACUGGCUCUGAGCCAUAAACGUCUCAUACUGACAUUUCACUCUUGUAAAUCAGUAUGUACAACUGAGUGACUCAUUUUCUUGCAUUUUGGGUAAAGCACUGGGUGACAGCACUGUUCACUAACAAACUUAAUUUUCACUUGUCACUGCAAAUAAAAAGCUAAAACAAGUA